AUGACUUCCAUGGACCCUCCAUUCGCCUCUGAUGAACUUACACUCGAGAGAGCAACACCUCAUGAUGUGCCAGCCAUCAAGGCCAUAGUCGAUGCGGCAUAUACAAAAUAUAUUGAGCGCAUCGGCAAGCCACCAGCUCCCAUGACAACAGACUACGAAGAGGUCCUUCAAUCCCACGAUGUCUUUGUCCUAAGGAAAAAGGAAGACGGCAUGAUAGUCGGCUCCAUCGUUCUUGGCCACCAACAAAGUUCCGACGCAGUAAAGAUCAACAACCUGGUCGUUGACGUGACGGCACAAGGCCGCGGCUACGGAGGCGUGCUCAUGCGCUAUGCAGCUGAGUUUGCCAAGUCGCGAGGAUGCUCUGCUCUGGAGUUGUUUACGAAUGUCAAGAUGUGGGAGAAUCUUGGACUUUACGCCAAGAUGGGGUUUGUGGAGACGGAGAGAAAGACGGAUGAGGGCUACGAGCGAGUGUACUUUCGCAAGGACUUGUGA